UAAAUUACUCAAACUAGGUGUGUUUGAUCCAUGUGAUCUAUGGAAGACCAGACUGACAGGAAGAGAAUAAAAUUAGAUGAAAAUGUAGCUUUGAUAAUAAAUAUAUUCCUACGCGUGUAGCUCUGUCCGUGUGUCCCAUGGCUGCAGUCACUAGACGCUGGCUAACGUUGCACUGAGCGUCUACGGAGAGAAAAACAUGUCCACGGCUAAUGUUAGCGAAGACAUCCGAGGGGAGUUCCCCCUCCACUCCGCGGUGUGGGAGAACGACUACAGGACGCUGGAGGAGCAGAUAGCGGUACCACAGAAUGAAAUUGAGGCCGUGGACCCCAGAGGUCGGACACCUCUGCACCUGGCUGUGUCGCUCGGGCACCUGGAGUCAGUGAGAGUCCUUCUGAGACACGGUGCUGAAGUGACUAAAGAAAACUCCAUGAAUUGGACAGUGCUGCAGGAGGCAGUCAGCACCGGAGACCCGGAGAUGGUUCAGUUGGUGCUUCAACGCAGAGACUACCUCAAAGCCUCCACUGCUCUUGGAGGAGUGCCUGAGCUGCUGUCAAAGAUCCGAGAGUCUCCAGACUUCUACAUGGAAAUGAAGUGGGAAUUCACCAGUUGGAUCCCUCUUCUGUCCCGGGUUUGUCCAAGUGAUGUUUGUCGCAUUUGGAAAAGUGGGGCCAGCCUGCGAGUGGAUGCCACUCUUCUUGGCUUUGAAAACAUGACUUGGAUCAGAGGGCGCAGAAGCUACAUCUUCCGAGGAGAUGAUUUGUUUGCCGAGUUGAUGGAGGUGAACCAUGAUGAUGAAAUCGUGGAAACUGAACGCUUCAACAUAUCCCAAGAAAUCGAGGAUGUCACGCUAGAGUCAAUGCAGCCAGCUGAGCAGGAAGUUGCCAAAAGGUUGACCACUUCUGUUGUCAACACCUACCUGGACACCAAGGACAUUGCUUUUGAGAGGAACAAGUCUGGGAUUUGGGGCUGGAGAGCUGACAAAACGGAAAUGGUCAAUGGAUUUGAAGCAAAGGUCUUCAGUGUGAACAAUGUAAAUGUGGUAAUCAGGACGAGGACCGAGCAUCUUACAGACGAGGAGAAAGCUAGGAUAAAAAGUGAAAGGAACAUCUUGGAGUCUCUGCUUGGGACUGUGGAGCAGCACAUAAGUGCACAAGGGGACCUGACUCUUGAGUAUGCAACUGCCACCAAUCCCACUGCCAUCACUCCAGAGGAAUACUUUGAUCCCGACUUUGACCUGGGGAACAGAGACAUCGGGCGACCCAUUGAACUGAGCAUUCGAACACAGAAGUUCAAAGGUACAUUGUGGAUGAGCGAGGAACAUCCUCUGUCUCUGGUGGAGCAGGUAACUCCCAUUAUCGACCUCAUGGCUCGGACCAGUUCCCAUUUUGCACGUCUACGAGACUUUGUAACCCUGAAGUUUCCUCCUGGAUUUCCUGUUAAAAUAGAGAUCCCCCUGUUUCAUGUGCUGAAUGCCAGAAUUACAUUUGGUAAUGUCAAUAAAUGCAGUACUGAGGAGGAUGCAAACACAACACCAGCAGCCACACCAACAUCCCCCGGAGAAGAGGAAGAGGAGGAGGAGGAAGAGGAAGAAGCUGCAGCGCUGCCUCCGUUUCAGGUUUGUCCUUCAGUGUUUGAGGUGCCUGCCAGUUAUCAUCGCAGAGGAGGCAGCCGACACACACCCAUGUCCAACAACGACGAGGAGCUUUUGCAGUACGCCAUCCAUCAAAGCCUCCUGGAGACUCGCACCGCGCCGGACCAGGAGGGGAUUUGUGAUGAGGCUGAUGGGGAAUUCACGGAUGUAAUGCCCAGUAGCCAGAGUGACAGGAGUAUCCCAGAGGGGGUGCUAGUGGAAUAUGGAGACCCCCCCAGCCCUGUCAGCUCCCCCUCUGCCUCAAGCCCCGACUCAGAGCUCCACCUGGCCAUGCAGCUCUCUGCACAAGCUCAAGAGGAAGAGGACAAGAUGAGGAAGCGGGAGGAAGAGGACCUGGAGAGGAUCUUGCAGCUAUCACUCACUGAGAAGUAAAAUGAAUAAGAGGGAAUAAUAUUGCAACCUUUCUAGAUUUAGAAGAAACCACGACACCUCAACGUUCCUUCCUAACUACUGUAGUCAUCUAUGCAACUGCAGGUUUCCUUCUGUAGCAGAUCAUUCUUGCACAGGCAAUAUCAGAUUCUCACUAUCCAAUAUUUUCCAAGAGGUAUUUUUGGUAAGAGCAUACUCCUUUAUACAUUUAUAUCUCAGCAUAGUGUGUCUCCAUCCUCAAGCUCAAUUCGUGGACUCUUUCAGAUCAUUUCUGGUAGGUUCAACGUUUUAUUAAUUUCCUAUCCAAAUCGGAAUCACAGCAGCAUCCCACGUGUGUUGUCCAGAGUGGGGCCAAAUCAGUGUAAUUAUGGUUCUAUGAACAAAAUGACAACGCAAGUUGACUUCAUGUUCUGACAGUCAAAUGUAGCACUUAAGGUCCAGAGCACUGUUUUUGUUGUUGUUGUUUUUUUCACGCUACCUGUUGCAUCAGUCCCUGGUGUUUUGGAUGGCGUUAAUGAAACGGCCUGGCACAAUACAAAGCUAAUAGUACUGUGGACCUGAAAAUACAGAUCUGAGUGCUCACUAUGAGGUCUUCCUGCAGAGUCACUUUUUUGAGGACUGUGGGCUCACUGAAUAACGGUAAUCUCAGGGUUCCAAUUUUACACAUUUUCCCUUUUACUUUGGAAUUAAUUUGUAAAUUUAUCCGAAAUGUUUCUUUGGUGCAAAAUCAUGUCCCUCAUGCAUGUCUAUUUGAAUCCAGACAGCUGAGUUCAUGGAGUCAAAGGUUCAUAAGUAAAUGCAUUUUCUUGUACUUUGUGAAUGUACACUCUACAGAUGGUUAAACAGAGGCAUGCUGCUGUGAGAGAAACUUUAAAACGGAUGCGUGUUAAUGUUGAAAAAUAACAUUUUUGUUAACCGUCACUGAGCAACUGCACCUCAGUGUAAAAAACUAAAUUGCAGUGACCGGUCCGUCUGUGGAUUUGUAUCCGUCACACAACCAAUGCUGCAGAGAUUAUUCACGUUUCUAAAGGCAGACGAUGAGCUUUUUGUAGCCACAAACAACUCUUGACCUCUGAGCAUAAGAAAAGACAGCAUAGACUCUAAAGGUCAAGCAUGUCUGCCAUAUUUAGGAUUAGUUACUUCAGCAUGUGCCAUGGGAUGCUUUGAUCUGAAACCGCUUGGUGGAGGCAGGAGGUCGUGACAACUUUAUGUGGUGCCACUAAACCUUUGAACAAAACUUUUCUUUUUUUCUUCAAUUUUGUAACUUAAACAAGAUGAAGAGGCUUCAGUUGCCAGGGCGAUGCUGAGUGGCAUGCAUUAACCACUAUAGCUGCUUUCACUGACAACCAACCACUUAUCAAAGGUCUCUCUGUAGCGGUGUCUGAAGAACUAAUUAUUAUAUGACGCUCAAGUUUCCAAACUGCUGAACCGUCAACUUAAAAAAGGCUAGCGUUGGGUAAUUUAAUGCAGGUCUUUGUAAUGUUUCGUUCCACCUGCAAAGUUUUUUUUAUAUGUUUUAAAUUUUAAAAAAAUGUUCUAAAAUAAAAGCACUUUAUUUCCA